AUGGCUCCUAAAAAGGGAUGGAUUGAUAAGACCAAUGCUACAAAAUAUCAACUAUUUCAUAGAUCACAAAAUGACCCCCUAAUCCACGACCCCGAUGCCGAUGACCGUGUCCUGCACCAGGUCUCUGGGCCGUCCCAAAAACUAGGCACUCCAAAAGCCACGAGAAUCCUUGAUGAUCUAGAGAAGGAGUUCGGUCACUCCGGAGCGCGUGAGAAUGAAGGUGAAGCGGCAAACUAUGGCAUCUUUUAUGAUGACUCCGAGUAUGACUACAUGCAGCACCUUCGAGAACUGGGUAAAGGUGGCGGAGAGGCCCAUUUCAUCGAGGUUACGAGUAAAAAGGCUAAAGGCAAAACAAAAAGACUAGAAGAUGCACUGGCGGAAAGUUCAUUCGAGGACAAGCUGGAUGGUCUUUCGUUGCGUGAUGCCUCUUCGAUAAACGGAGACGAUGACUUCCUUUCAACUGCAUCAUCCUAUGUUAGAAAGCCUAGCUACCAGGAUCAACAGAAUAUACCAGAUUCAAUUGCAGGGUUCCAACCAGAUAUGGAUCCAAGAUUAAGAGAAGCAUUAGAAGCACUUGAUGAUGACGCCUUUGUAGACCAGGAGGGUGAAGAUGACGUUUUCAACUCUCUUGUAGAAGGCGGGCUUGAUGCAGAAGUCGAUCCAGAUGAGUGGAGGGAUACGUAUAUUGACGACGACGAUGGAUGGGAUUCAGAUGCAACAGAGAAGGCACCCGUUCAGCCAAUGUCAUCGGCCCCUGCUGAUCACUUUACGCAUUCAGGUGGAGAUUCAGAUCUUCCUUCGCAUGACGCUCCUAUUCCGGAUGCCACACACGACGACGGAGAUUGGCUCAAGAAUUUUGCGAAGUAUAAAAAGGAGAUGAAAACACAACCUUCACCUGCUGAACGCCCGGAAGAUGCCUCUGAGCUCCGAACCACGGCGUCAACGUUGUUCACCGUUGGUGGCACACCUAUUCGCAAGAAGAAACGCAAGGGUGCCCUCACUAACCCAUCGGCAUACUCUAUGACAUCUUCUGCUCUUGCUCGUACAGAGGGUCUUAGACUGUUAGAUGAUCGCUUUGAAAGAAUGGAAGCUCUAUACGCCGUAGAUGAAGACGGCGAAGAGUAUGAAGGCUCCAGCAUCGCGGACGAUAUGUCUGUCAUGAGCGGGGCUUCAAAGUUUUCUCAAGCACCGAGCAUCACUUCACAGAGUGGAAAUGUUCCAAUGAGAAAAGAUUUCGAUUCUGUAAUGGAUGAGUUCUUGGGUGGCUGGCAGGACCGUGGCAAGCAGGCGAAGAGGAAAGGCGCAAAAGGGAAGAGAGGGAAAAAUGGUAAUGAGGCUGUUGGGAUACAAAUGCUGGACGAAAUCAGACAAGGUCUUGGACCUGCAAAGUUAUCCAACCGCGUCUGA